AUGCAUCGACUUUUUGCUGAGCUGGAGCCAUCUGUAACCGUCACCGAGCAAAACCUGGCAGACCGAGUUCGGUAUAUCUUGCGCUCAAAUACAUUUGAUGUUACCGAACUCGAACGGCUACAACGUGAGGCUGUUCCUUCAUCGGGUGAAAAUGCUGCGGCUGAGGAUGCGGCGCCACAACUUGCUGAGCAAACGGCAAAUGUGGAUGCCGCCGUGAACACGCCAGUUGUGGUUGAUUCAGACGAUGAUGGAACAGUCGCCCAGGAACUGGAACUAGAGCAAAUGAGGAGUACAUUGGAAGAGGCGAUUGUGGAAACGCGCAGUACGCCUCUCGAAAAUCGACCGCGACUUCCCCGCUUAGCCCUAAGCAAGCGGAAUCGGGCUGUCGUGAGUGCUCUGAACACAAUGCUGGUUACCUAUUUGGAAGCCAGCCGGGACCUUUGCGAGACGGACUCAAUUCUUUUUGGCGCCGCACUGGCAGUCUGCCGUAUUAUAGGCGCCAAACUUUCCACGGCUGGACGCGCUACUGGACAAAGUAGUGCUAUCCCAGCCUGGAGAAUAAGAAUUGAAGAACGUAUCGCAAAGGCUAGGGCCCUCAUCGGCAGACUGAUAUGCUUCAGGUCAGGCAAUACCAGGCCAAGGAUUGUGCGCACCAUCAGGAUGGCGUUUGCUGGGACAAAUGUUAGUUUGUCCCAGCCGGAUAUAAUGCAAAAACUGACGGAGUGCAUAGACGACCUGAAGCAAAGAAUCGCUGCUUGGGGAAAGCGGAUUCGGCAAUAUACCGAGAGGUCGACACGGUUCAACCAGAAUCGUCUCUUGCAGAGUGAUCAGAAGAGGCUCUAUAAAUCAUUGGAGCGACCAAUAGUAAGUUAA